AUGGUCAAAGCCAAAUGGAUACUUGCCUUUUGGACAGUGUUGUGCGCCCUCAACCUUCCUGCUCCACCCCUACGAAUGAGAUUGCUUUCUCGACGCUCGACCUGUGCUCGCACGGGCGGAUCCUUAGACCCCGAUCAGUCCCUCGACAACCUGUCUGAACACAUCGUUAAAAGGAGCUCGGGUGCCCAAUUCCAAUCCGUGCGAGCUCGAUUGUUUUUCUUUCCCGAAUUUUUGCAGACGCCAACUUCCUCCAACCCAUCCUUCCUCUGCCUUCACCUCUCGAGACGUCAAUUCGAAAACGUCACCCUCCCCGUCUCGCCGACGUCCCUUCACCGCAAAUUAGGGGAGGCCGAGAAUUCCGACAGUCGACCGCCAAUUGAUCCUGUAACAUACGGGGUUUACACUGUGGGGAGGCAAGACUCAUUUUCGGGGUUCAGGGUGCAAGAGCUUUCUGAAACCACGGAACCCCGGACCCUGGCGGCAUUUAGAGCAGAGGACCCGGAAGAAAAGAAAGAUAACCCGCCAAUCGUCGCAACAAUCGAGGCAUCCGGAUUCUUGCCAAUUCCAAUGAUGCCUGCACAAAAUAUCAACAUGCCUUUGAGAACGUCGAGUGCGCAUGGUGCGGAAGGUGGAAUGCACUUCGCAAAUGCCAGUCAGGAGGAUUUGCGGCGUGAAAAAGCAUCGAAGGCUCAAAAGAUUCUGGGGACGGCCGACCGUUCCUUCCACCAAGAUCACCAGAAAUGGGAAGAGAAGAAGAAAGGGCACCGACCUAGCUUCAUGAAGUCUUCGGAAGCCAAAUCGAAAAAAAGUGGCAGCUUUGUUCCUUUCCCAGCAUCGGUCUCCGAAAACACACUCCCACCUUCGCACCUUCGGGUGCGAGCAUCGUCUCCCCUGUUGGGCCAAGAGUACCGCUCGCAAGAUGAGCCACCACCAUCGCUGCCCAAGCCGUCAAAGAAAAUCCAUCACUCCGGCUCUGCAUCUGCCUUGUAUUCUUAUUUCACCUCUCGAGAUUCCUCCGCCGACCAAAACACGGAUGGUGGAAAUUCCAUGAAGGAGUUCAGUUUUCCCGGAACUGGGAACUCGGACUCGCAGCAUAAUAACGGUAACGGCGCAGGGCUCAAGCAGCCGGCAGGGUUCAUGAAAGAAUCGAAACGGAAAAUGCGCCCGCCUAGAAUCGAUCUUUCGCUCCUGUUCCCUAAGCCGCGGGCCACUGCUGCACCUCUUCUUUCACCCCAGCGCAUGGUCAAUUCCCCUUCUGCCAUCUCAAUGGCCUCGGAAUACUCGGCCCCCAACCCAAAGAAGCCAGAUAACCAUGCGUUCGGCAAGAAACUCACAAAGACACCGCCUCCUUCGAGGCGUUCGGGUCGGAGACCCAGUGGCCUUGAAUCGAUCAGCGAUGCCGGCGAAUCUACGACUUCGCAUGAGACUCCCACAUCUAACUGGACGGAUCCCUCGCUCGAACGAGCCGUGGGCACCAGUGAAAUAGAUUUGGCAUUGGAGAAAUACAGUGGCUUUCAACAACCUUCGCGACCUGCUCCAUGGACCAGAUCGGACCGAACACGCUCGCGAAAUUUGAGUCGAGAUCAGCUGCAUAGUAACGAUGCGCAACCCUCUAGCGGCUCCUUGCGAAAGGUUUCAUCCAACGCAUCUACGGGGGGAUGGAGUAAAGAGACGUAUCUCUCGCCGAAAACCUGUGCCCACCCUAGACCCAGCCGCGUCACUCGACCGAACGACAUGUCGGAGAAAUUUCCCAUCCCAGAGAACAAGCCGAUGUCAAAGAAAAGCAGCAAAAACACUUUGAAGAACUCCGACCUCAACAACCUCAGCAUUCUAUGUCUUUCGUCGUCGGAAGAUGAGGAUGAGGAUGAGGAGGAACUGGCCGGAAUUCAAUUGACUGGGCAGAAGGGCGCGCGAGAUAGCGUGACCACGUACGGCGACUCCGACGCCGAAAUCUGUACCGCAUCUGCUGCGCACACCACAAAAGGCACCUUAAGGCGAGUUGAAGGGACGAUCCCGACCAGCAGUCGUGGGUCGCGCUCUCUUCAGCGCCAGUCCUCCGUCCGUCGCAAUCCGUCCAUGUCCUCGGCCGGGCGGUCAUCCGUUGAGACCCGCAAGAGUCAAUCUCGUCGAUCCAGCGGGAUUCCCACCAUCUCCGAGCCCGAAUUCUUCCACAGCGAUCCGAUUUUCAGCCAGAAGCGAAACACCAGUCUUUCUCGCAAAGAACUUGAUCGACGAAGCCGGAUCAUGACCGUGACCAGACAGGAGGAAACCCUCCUGGAAGCAAUGAGACAACGCCAGGGGAAGAUUACACCCAGUCUGUUUCAGGAGGCUCGAUUCAAUGGGCAGGAACCCGAUCGAAACUCUAUGCUGUCGGUUGCCCCUUCGCGGGAUUCAUUUUACGGAUCUGGCAUGUCCUUCUUACGACUGAGCCCCAGCUUCCCGCCUAAUCAGGCGCGACCCGACCAAGCUGCCAGCAAUUUUGACAAAGAUAGCAAUGGCGCGCCUUCUGAUGCCGACCAAAAGACCAUCUACUCGGGCGUUUCUCCUCGAGCGAGCUUGGUGUAUUCGGAGAGUCUACCGUCCCCCGCCACGAGUGCCGCUUCUCCCAUGACGCCGACUCUCCCUAUCCAUCGAUUUUCUCCGCUUCCAUCGCAAAAACCACCUCCACGCGGUCCCCCUCCCCCCGUUCCCCAGAGCCAAAGGCGACACUCGCGGCGACGCACCGAUAGCAGCGAGGCAAUUGUCUUGGACGAGCCGAAUAACUCCAAGGAGAAAACCGAAUACCCUCUCUGGGCCGUGGGAUGGAAUAACGAAGGUGCCAGCCUGACGGCCGUGCAUUAA